UUGUAAGAAAGAACAUUAUUGAACUUGCCUAUCUUGUGUUGGGUGCAGAAAUCAAUUGCCAACGAGGGUUUAACGUUCUUGCAUCUUUUUCGCACUCACGUUGUCAUUUUUGUAGUUCAACCUCCAGCAAGCAUUCUCAAGCUCCUCCUCUGGUUUGUGGCUUCAUGCUGGUGUCAUUGGUUUGGUCAUAGUUGUUCCCUGGCCUGGCAUUGUCUUUGACUCUUGAAUCUUGAGCCAGUUCCUUUUUUGGGUUGUUGAACAUUCCGGGCUUUAAAACAUUCCCUUCUACCAGUCAUAUUCUUGCACUUCGAAAAAAUGGAAAACUCAGAUACGACACUGACAACUUCAUCCCUGCCUCCACCACCUCCAGUAUCUGUGGAGGAGCCAGAGCCCAAGAAGUUGAAGAUGUCCACCACAACUUCUGAUGAUGAAGAAUGUGCAGCUGGCACAGGCACCAAGAAAAGAUACAAGCGCCGUAAGGUUGCUAUUUUCUUUGCUUACUGUGGUGUUGGUUAUCAGGGUAUGCAGAAAAACCCUGGUGCAAAGACUAUUGAAGGUGACCUAGAAGAAGUCUUGUAUGUGUCUGGAGCUGUCCCUGAGCAGGAUCGUGGAGUCCCUAAACGAUAUGACUGGGCUCGCUCAGCUAGAACUGAUAAAGGAGUUAGUGCUGUUGGUCAGGUUGUCUCAGGCCGGUUCUAUAUUGAUCCACCUGGCCUUGUUGACCGCCUUAAUUCAAACCUCCCUUCUCAGAUAAGGAUCUUUGGUUACAAACGUGUGACAGCUUCUUUUAAUGCCAAGAAGUUUUGCGACCGGAGGAGGUAUGUCUACCUCAUUCCUGUGUUUGCUCUUGAUCCUAGCUGUCAUCGUGAUAGAGAGACCGUCAUGGCUAGUUUGGGAUCUGGAAAUGAGCUCGUUAAGUGUUUGGAGUGUUCUGAGAGGGGCCGAAAGGUGAUAGGAUUAGUUGGUAAUCGUAAGAAGAAUCUGGAACUAGAAGCUGUGGAUGUCGAGGCUGGUAUUUCAUCAAACAGAGACUCUGGAGUUACAGAGGAUGUGGAGGUUUCUUUGAGCAAAGGUGAUGAUAAUCAUUUAAAUGAGGAAUAUGGGAAUGAUAAUAAGGGUGGCAUGAACUCUAAAACUGGCCUUGAGACUAUGGUUCCGGUUCAGGAAGAGGGUACUCCUUUUAAUGGUGAAUCUGUGAAUAAUUCAGACAUUCUUGAGGAUGAAAAAGUUAAUGGUGAGGAUAAGCUAACCAAUGGAAGUGGGUUUUGUUAUGGUGAGAAGGAGAGAGAGAGAUUUAAUAAGAUUUUGAAGUAUUUCGUCGGGACUCAUAAUUUCCAUAACUUCACCACCAGAACAAAAGCUGAGGACCCCGCUGCUCGACGUUACAUUAUUUCAUUGAAUGCAAACACCACUCUUGUAGUUGAAGGCAUGGAAUUUGUAAAGUGUGAGGUUGUGGGACAGAGCUUCAUGCUUCAUCAGAUACGGAAGAUGAUUGGGAUGGCAGUGGCAAUCAUGAGAAAUUGUGCACCGGAGUCACUUAUCGAUAAAGCUUUGCAGCAGGAUGUUAACAUUAAUGUGCCUACUGCCCCUGAGGUUGGAUUAUAUUUGGAUGAGUGCUUCUUUACUUCAUAUAACCAGAAGUGGAAAGAUCAUGAAGAGUUGUCCAUGAAAGCAUAUGAAAAAGAAGCUGAGGAGUUCAAAAUGAAGUACAUAUACUCUCAUAUUGCUUCCACAGAACAGAAGGAAGGAACUGUCGCUCUUUGGUUGCAUUCUUUGAACCAUAGAAAUUAUCCAGAUCUGCAUGUUAUCAAUGAGGAAGCCAUCCCCGAUAACAAGAGUGCUGAUCCCAAAGAAGCCAUCACUGAUAACAAGAGUGCUGAUCCCAAAGAUGCCAUCACCGAUAACAAGGGUGCUGAUCUCGAAGAACACAUCACCGAUAACAAUCCUGUAGUUGUGACUCAGUGAACUGUGUUCCAGUUGUUCAAUAUGAACUCUUUCUUUCUAAUGGAUUUGUGCCUCACUUUUCACUACUUCUGGUUGAUUACUAUUUGCCUAGCAUCCCUGCUUCGCUACAUAUACAUACAAUCAAUAUACAAAAGAUGUGAUCUGUUUCUGUGUCCAACACUCACCCACUCGGUAAAGACACUAAAAGAAAUUAAAUAAUAUUUUUGUUAUAUUUUGUGGGUGUUUUAUUGUUCAGUAUGAUUUUUACUUAUCUAAACCAUGGCUGAGCAAUGGUCAUUUAUUUGUGCUGUAAAUUGAAAUCCAUUGCAAAAGAGAAAUGCCUAUAUAGCACUUGCAAAUCUAA